AUGGCCUCGACAUCUCGACCUGCCUCAGUGGCCCAAAAUCGACCAAGAUCCUCACACUCCCGCGCGUCUCGCUUACCGAUAACCUUGUCAUUACUGUUAUUGCUGGCAUGUCUUACCUCCACAGUCCUAGCGAGUACUGAGACAUCGUCAUUCUCACUCCGACACCGACAUCGCAUACCUCCGACCAACCGAUAUGAAUUACACCGCCGCAAGGAAUCAAGCAAAGAUGAGGACGAAGAAGUCGAGAUUAUCCAGUCAAUAAUUCCUACCAGGACAGCGAGCGGGUCCAAGCCUACCACUGUUACCGUCCAGCGAACCGCCAAAACCGCUGCCUCAACUUCCACACCUUUGCCUCAAGCUUUCGACGGAAACUUGGCUGCUGAACUUUCAACCUCGGCGGACAGCAACUGUCCCGCAUUUCUCAAUGGCAUCCUCCGUGACCCUUCUUAUGAAACUUGCUACCCUCUUUCCAUGAUGCUCCAGACAUCUCGAGGCUUCUUUGAAGCCCAAAGACAACUUCUUAGCAUCGUGCGAGUUCUUGACGCAACCUGCAGUGCCAACGUGACGUACUGUACCGACUUCUUCUCUUCUGCAGCGCGCAAUCUCACAACAUCUGAGAACUGCAAGAGCGAGCUGGAUUCGGGCAACAGCAUCGUCAAGCAGUUUAUGAGGGGCUUGAAAACAUACGAGGUCAUGUACAAGGCCACCUGCCUUCAAACUCCCAAGGACGAUAUGUACUGCUACGCCAACGCGGUCACCAACACCUCAACCGCCGCCAACGCCUACUUCUAUUAUCUCCCGUACAAUCUUACCCUGCCUGGCAGUACCAACCCUUCAUGCGGUUUCUGUACUCAAGAAACCAUGAACAUCUACCACGCCGCCUCCGAAGACCGUUCACAACCUAUUGCUCUCACUUACGAGUCUGCAGCUCGACAAGUUAACACUCUUUGCGGUCCGGAUUUUGUCAACAGCACCCUGCCUCCAGAGGAAACCAACGUCGCACAUGCAUUUGCUCCAUCUUGGGUCGGCUUGGUACUCACACUCGCCAGUGUCGCGUUAUUCAAUGCCGUGUUAUAG